CGUUGUAGGUGCUGAUAUACUGCAUAGCCCUGCACUCACACUCGGCACACUACGGCCGAGCUGGGGUAUUUCCGCGAGUGGGAUCUCUAGGCGCGACUCCUUUUGUGACGAACCUGUCAUUCUAAAAGCACCACACGGACUCGUAGCGCUCUGCAGUAAUGCCCCCUCGGGCUCAGGACAUGGAGGAGGAUGAGGAGGUCAAGUUUGAGACCUCAAAGGGCGUCAAGGUGUACAACACCUUUGACGCCAUGGGUCUGAAGGAGGAGCUGCUUCGCGGACUGUAUGCGUAUGGGUUUGAGAAGCCAUCCGCCAUCCAACAGCGUGCAGUGCUGCCCAUCGUGCAAGGUCGCGACGUCAUUGCGCAGGCGCAGUCGGGCACGGGUAAAUCAUCCAUGAUUUCCGUGUCGACGUGCCAGCUGGUGGACGUGCAGCAGCGCGAGUGCCAGGUCCUAAUUCUGUCACCCACUCGUGAGCUGGCGCAGCAGACUGAGAAGGUUAUCCUGGCCGUGGGUGACUUCAUGAACAUUCAGGCGCAUGCUUGCGUCGGUGGCAAGAGCCUGGGUGAGGACAUCCGCAAGCUGGAGAACGGCGUUCACGUGGUGUCGGGCACGCCCGGCCGUGUGUUCGAUAUGAUCCAGCGCCGAAACCUGCGCACGCGCCACAUCAAGACGCUGAUCCUGGAUGAGGCGGAUGAGAUGCUGGCCAAGAACUUCAAGGACCAGAUCUACGACAUCUACCGGUACCUGCCGCCCGAGACCCAGGUGGUACUGGUGAGCGCCACGCUGCCGGCGGAGGUGCUGGAGAUGACCAACAAGUUCAUGACGGACCCCAUCCGCGUGCUCGUCAAGCGUGAUGAGCUGACGCUCGAGGGAAUCAAGCAAUUCUUCGUGGCAGUGGAGCGGGAGGAGUGGAAGUUUGACACCCUGUGCGACCUGUACGACACGCUGACCAUCACCCAGGCUGUCAUCUUCUGCAACACCAAGCGGAAGGUGGACUGGCUGACGGAGAAGAUGCGGCAAAACAACUUCACGGUGGCGUCCAUGCACGGAGACAUGGUGCAGAAGGAGCGCGAAGCCAUCAUGGGGGAGUUCCGCUCCGGCGCCGCGCGUGUGCUCAUCACGACCGACGUGUGGGCUCGCGGUCUGGACGUGCAGCAGGUGUCGCUGGUCAUCAACUACGACCUGCCCAACAACCGUGAGCUGUACAUCCACCGCAUUGGCCGCUCCGGACGCUUCGGCCGCAAGGGUGUGGCCAUCAACUUCGUGCGCAACGACGACAUCCGCAUCCUGCGCGACAUUGAGCAGUAUUACUCCACACAGAUUGAUGAGAUGCCAAUGAACGUGGCCGAGCUCAUCUGAGGCGGUUUUUGACCUUUUGACUUACCUACACCUUUUCGUGCUCGUUUUUUUGCUGAGGAGUGCUCAGAGUGCUCAGGGCUGUGCGGUGGCAGCCAGAUGCAAGUUCUGCAACGGUGGGGUAGCGAGGAGAGUGGCUUACAGGCAGCGCAGUUGUGAUGCGUGGUCGGGCUUGGGCAGGGGUUCGAUAUACCACCGUACUUAAGGGCAAAGCGGCCGGCGGAAGGAUACGACGGCAGGCGAGUAGCAGUUGGCGUCCCGGUUGUGUGUUUAAACAUGUGGCGGCCUGUCGUUGAAGGCGUCGUUUGGACUGGCUUGGCAGACUCGAAAGUGAACAGGUAUAUGGCGAUUACGGCCCUCGUGUAUGCCUGUGGAAGAGUUUGAUAGCCCGUGAGCGGUUACGCCCUGGUUCUGCCCUGCUCCCGUUCACGGUCUCAUGGCCAGCAUACCCACCCUCAUCCGCCCCAGUUAAGUUGUCCUUUCCUACGUCAGGGGUUGCAUCUUCGGUGAGCGGCAAGAAACCGCCCCCAAUGUUGGCCCUCAGGCGAGA